ACUAAGUUUUGAUUCACUUCUGACUCUUUUCUAACUAAAACAAUCCGCUCAAAUAUACAGUCCAAUAAAAUAAAAAACUGAUCUUUCGUCAGCCCAAACAAAUAAAAAAAAUACAAAUCUCGUUUAUCUUAUUAUCUCUCCUGUUUCGAGACAAUUUUUUCAAAAUCACUUUCCCAAUUUUAUGAACCCUAAUUUCGACAAUUGCGUGGGUUCCUCUCAAAUCAACUCAAUAUUAGAGUUUUGUAGACUCGUUAUAUCAUACGGCGAGAAACAAGCUCUGUUCUCAUCACAAGACAAUCAGCUGCGUCACUAGAGCUUUUCCGGAUGAUGGAGCCAUAGAAGCAUCUUCUUCUCCCUCUACUUCUAGUUCUUGGCAAUGACAAGUAAUGGUAUCAAAAGCAUCUGUCGUGGCUUAGAGAAGAGCCGACGAGGACCCUCAACGCCCUGUUCGUUUUCGACGAUUGAUCUUCCUCUCCCACUGCCGGUUUAUCUCACCGCCUCCGUGAGAGAUUAUGUCGCUUUCUCUUCUUUCAAUUGAUGUCCUCUUCGACGAUUGAUCUUCUUUCUCUUCUUUCAAUUGAUGGCUUCCAAGAAAAGCUGAUUCUUUUGAGAAGAUUGAGAAGGUCUCGGGUCGGAUCCGGUUUUCCACCUCUUCUUUAUGCAAGUUUCCACUUUCCGGUGGGAAAUCAAGAAAUUUGUAUCUUGACGAAUCGCCAUGGCUGCCAACGGCGAAGAUUUCUCAAACGCUUCCAUGGAAAAUCUCAUGGGCCACGUAGAGAAACGGUCGAUCUUCACCAUCGUCUUCAUCGUCGCUAUGCAAAAGGAAGCUCAGCCUCUUAUCGAGAGGCUCCGCCUCGUCAAAGAAGUUAACUCACCGUUUCCAAAAGAGGUGGCUUGGAUUCUGUUUAAAGGAAUGUAUAAAGACUUGAACAUUAAUAUAGUGUGCCCAGGAAAAGAUUCAGCUCUUGGGGUUGAUAGUGUAUGUACGGUUCCUGCAUCUCUCGUGACGUAUGCAUCUAUACAAGCGCUUCAGCCGGACCUAAUCAUUAAUGCAGGAACCGCUGGUGGGUUUAAGGCCAAAGGAGCAAGAAUUUGCGAUGUUUAUAUCGUCUCUAGUUCUGCUUUCCAUGACAGAAGGAUACCUGUUCCUGUCCUUGAUCUAUAUGGUGUUGGUAUGCGCAAAGCCUUCCCUACACCCAACCUUAUUAAGGAGCUGAACUUAAAGGUGGGACGAUUAUCCACUGGUGAUUCUAUGGAUAUGUCUCCACAUGACAAAGAAUCCAUCACAGCAAAUGAUGCUACAGUUAAAGACAUGGAGGGAGCAGCAGUGGCCUAUGUGGCUGAUAUUUUUAAGGUUCCUACGAUUUUAAUAAAAGGAGUAACUGAUAUUGUGGACGGAAAUAGACCAACCUCAGAGGAGUUUUUGGAGAAUUUAGCUGCAGUCACUGCCCAACUUGAUGAGUCCAUUACCAAAGUGAUUGACUUCAUCAGUGGCAAGUGUCUUUCAGACCUCUGAAGAGAGAGAGAGGUUCACGUUUUUAAUAAAGAUUCAAGCAAAAGGGAGAGGUUAUAGGCAAAUUAGGCAAUAGGUUGGAGCAGUGAGUUCAUUUUAACUCCAUUUUUCCUCAUGAGUUCUCUUUUUUGGCUCUCUUUCAUAUGAUGAUGGAUCAAUCUUAUAUGUAGAAACUCAACAAAUUUUGAUACCCAACAAGAUAAUAAGAUUUGCUUUCAUAUA